AUGGCUGAACCGCCCCGGCAAAAGCGAAGGAGAAGCCUGGUCCAAGACGCGAGAAAGCUGCAAAGACUCGCCUCAACGGGUGAUCCGGAAAACCCAUCGUUCCACGCAAACGCCUUGCUGUCGACUCCUAAGAGUUCUGCACACAAGGCUUACGCGGUAAGUCUUGCCUUGUUUUCCAGAUUAGCGCCGACAAUGCUCAUUGCAGUGCGCAGGCUUGCGAGACCUGCCGCCACAAGAAGCAAUGCCGACGUAAUGGCGGUCUUGCUGGACCGGCUUGACCAGGUGGAGAGGACAAUUGAAGGGCUGCACCGCAAACUGGACUAUCAGCGAGCAGAACCCGGAGAAAGAAGCGCAGAGCUACGGAAAAUGCCUAUUCCAGGAAAUCUAGACAAUGGGGUCACAUUCCCACCGAGGCAGAUGCUAGGAAAGAAGUUCUCUAGUGCCAACUCUAUAAGGCCAGAUAUCGAGUUUGACGAGAUUCUAGAUAGCGGGCAAGGCUAUCCAACCCCGAUGCCACAUUCUCGGGGUGCGUUGAUGGCCCGCGAGGAAAUAAGACCACCCUUGCCGGACUUGUUAGCUACUACGACGCCGACUGAUGUUAUGGAUUUGAUGCCCUUUGUAGAUGACUUUCUCGAGCACCCCCGGGCGCUUUUUCCUCUCACGUGCAAGUCUACAGCAUACAAUGUGGCCGGCAUUGUACGAUCAGAGGGAUUGCUCACCAAUAUACGUUCGUGCUAUGCGCUAUUAAUGGUUGCCCUUUCAAAGGCCUUCAGUGACUGCUCUUCAACGGAAAGUGGCCUGUCAGACUUUCAGCUUGCAAACUCGAUGCUUGGCCGAUUGAAUGCUCAACUAAGCUUAGAAUAUGUCCAAGUACUCAUAUUGUCCUCGCUAUUUCUGCUGAAGAAGGGGCGAUUAAUAAACUUCUCCAUGGCACUGCAUACGGCAUGCACCUCCCUUUAUACUUUGAUCCUGAGAGAUAAUGCCGCGGGCGUUCAGCGGAACAAAACAGAACGAAAUAACAUCAUGGCUAGCUACUGGAUUUGCUACAAUCUCGAGCAUGAAUUGAUUCUCGAAAUCGAUGAAACACUUUCCCAGAGUUCUUUGUGUCUACUCGAAGAGAAUUUCCCCUUACCGCUUGGAUGCGACAUUCCUCACAACGCAAACCUACCACCACGCAUUCGUGACGAGAUCAUGUUAUUCAUGGCAGAGAUGUCCCUAAAGAGGAUCUUGAACCGGGCCCUUACAACAUCCAAACCAACAGCUUACUCCUUAGACACCUCUACACCUAGCCAUUCCCAAGGUUCGACUUUGAUUUUGGAACUUCAAAAUCAAGUCCACGAUUGGCUGGUAUGUUUCACACCAAUUCUAGCCAAGUAUGAGACUGACCUCAUCUCAUUCUAUGCACAGGGUAUUACGCGCGUUUAA